GAACCGGCCGGCGAGCAGAGGGAUCGAGGAGUACCCGGCGUACGUUUGUGUUGUGCGCGCUCUCUUCGAGAUAGUCUCUCAGUGUCGCUCGAGAACUUGUCCCUCGACGUUUGUUCUUCACUUUAACGUUUCUCGUUUUGACUGGAACACGGUCGACAACUUGUGAAAACUCGAAAAGAUGACGAUGGCAACGGAAACAGAAAACACUGGACCGGAGAGCAAGGAGAUGAAGGAUGUGAAAGAGAUGAAAGAGGCGCUGAAGGACGAAACGCCGCCGGACAAUAAGCAAGAAGAAAAGGAUGCGGCGAAGAAAGAAGAAAGUGGGAAAAAGGAGGAGGCCACCGACGCCGCGGCCGCUGCAUCAUCCGCACCGACCAAGGCUAUCAGCGUGCACAAGACCAACUACGAGAAGGACGUUGUUUAUCUGUAUCAGUUCUCACGAACGCCGCUUUUGCCCUCCAUCUCGCCGUAUUGUCUCAAGGUGGAAACAUGGUUGCGACUCAACGGCAUCAGAUACGAGAACGUGGAUCACAAGCUGAAGUUCCGUUCCAAGAAGGGUGCGCUGCCGUUCGUAGAGCUAAACGGCGAAGAGAUCGCGGACAGCACCAUCAUUCUUCGCGAAUUGAGCCAAAAAUUCGGCAAGGACCUAGAUGCCGGCCUUACGUCCGAACAACGAAGCGUUUCUCAUGCAAUGAUAUCGAUGAUCGAGAAUCAUCUAGUUUGGGUGGUCACGUGUUGGCGCACCAAGAACUUCGAUCAGGUUCUGAAGGGGUAUAAGGUGAACCUUCAACAUGUACUUGGCAGCCGUAUUCCCAAUGGUAUUCUAAACUUUCUCUUCAAGCUUACGUACGGACGCAAGGGUGUGAAGAAGGUGAAGGCCCAGGGCAUGGGAGUGUAUACUCCUGAAGAGGUGUCCCAGUUCGGUUGCGCUGAUCUCAAGGUUCUCUCUGAUAUGCUUGCUGAUAAGCCCUUCUUCUUCGGAGAUGAACCGACCACGUUGGAUGUUGUGGCGUUCGCGCAUCUCGCCCAGAUCCUGUACAUCGACAAAGAGACGUCGUACAGCCUACGGGACUACAUGCAGGAGAACUGCCCAAAUUUGGUCGGCCAUUGUUCGCGCAUGAAGGAGCGAUGCUUCCCGGAUUGGGACCAGAUCUGUUCCACUCUUGACAUGAACACGCAUUUACCGAAGCCGGAGAAGCAGGAGGAGAAGGAGGGCAAAGAGGAGGCGAAGGAAACGAAAGAGUCGAAGGAGGAGAAAGAGGGCGACAAGGAGAAAGCGGAUAAAGAGGAGAAGGAGUUGGAGAAGGAUAAGGAGGUUGACGAGAACAAAGAGAAGGAGAAAGAGGGGAAAUAAGCUGUCUCGAGGGGACAACUAAGUAAAUAAGUCGUUCAAAGGGAAAGAGGAUUUCAAACUUGCGGAAAAUUGAGGGUGUGAUCUGGUAGGAUGAUGGAGGGGGGGAUAAGGGAGAGACGGAGAGGGUGAUGAAAGAAUGAGCGUUGUAUGCGAGCCAAUGUAGAGAGAGUGAUAGAGAACGAGUAAAUGUUAUAGCGAAUGUAUAGAAUGUGUGAGACGAAUGUUUGAGAAUAGAGUACAUGCGAGACAAGAAGAGGCGAUAGAAUGUGUGCGAAAGAGCGAAGAAAAACAUGCGAGUCGCAAAGAUUCGACAAACGUUUUUAAAGUUAGAGCUCUCUACUUAUACGUAUAGAUAUAUUAAUAGGCUCAUAAUGUUAAAUACUUCGUUUAUAUACGUUCGUAACAUGUUAACGUCAUUUCUCAUCGACGCACCCGAAGCACACCCGGAAACGAACAAACUUGAUCCGACCCAAGGACCCUUCGCCCUCCCUCCCCGGGUGAAGAACGAGAACAACAAAAGAUAACAGAGAACGGGGCUAUCUCAUAAGUCAUUAGAAUAUCGUAGGUUUGCAAUAUAUUAAAUGCAAUAGCCUGACGCGUGCAGGUGGUAUGAGAUCUUCGAUGAGAACAGUGGCCAAAAGAAAAACGCAUCAGCGUACAUCGUAGCAAAGGGAUGUACGCGAUGCAGUUUAGGGAGCGAGAUUAUCGUUUAUGGUUGGCGAUAGACAGAAGAGCGUCACUGAUUCAGGCGUCUUCUUGCGGUCGCCUCUUAUUACCAUACCAUUGGCUCUUACUGUGCAAAAUGAGUUACGUACCUAGCGUUCCAAGUAACGUGUACCGUAUAUCACAUCAUGAUCUUCGUUUAGUCGUGCUGCUGUUUAGUCGAAAUAGAAAACACCCCUGUUCAAUCGUUCUUUAGAAAUUGUAAUUAGAUGCACGUCAUUUUCGAGUCAUUAGGUUUCGCGUGAUAGAAUAUUUCCUUUUCUGAUACAUCUGUAUGAUUAAAUAAUUCUUCUGAUGAUGAAAAUGAUCAGAAAUUAAAUGUUAAAGUCAUUGGAUGCAUCAGAGAAGGCGACUGAUACAAUCUUUUUUAAUUGUCUCUUAUACACGAUAUCACCUGCUUCAUUCGCGUCAAUUUCGAAGCGAAACUGUUUUUACACUUGAUACAAAAAAAUGAUAAGCGCGCGCGCACAUUUUCUGGUUGACUGGUUUUUCCGUUUUUUAUGGUUCAUUGACGACGUUUCGACGAACGAAGACUCAUCUGUGCGAUUACGGAUCGACAGAAAAUGAUAUAUUUACGAUGAUUUGUACAUUAUUAUAUAGAUAUUUGUAUUACGUAUACGCGGAUGCAAUCCGAAUUAGGGUAGCGUUCGUCGGAAACGGAUGGAAGCGGAAGCGACGCGUCUCGAAAUCGCAGACGCUUCGACACCGUCUUUGUUUCUUCUUUUUCUUUUCACAAGAACAAAAUGAAUUUAAAAUUAAACAAAUGAGAAAAGAGGCACAGGCAAAAAACAGAAUUUCUUGUGUGUCUGGGUUUCCUUUCGAUGUUGGAACCAAAUGAAAAAGAAAAAGAAAAACGAAUGAAACGCUGUGCUGUCCCGUGUAUUAGUUCAACUUUUUAUUAGAUAACAUUUAUCUCUCCUGCGCGAGAGUAAUAAAAAUUUUACAUUACGAGAUUAAAAAAAAAAUACAAAAGUGUCUUUCACGCAUCGAAAAGAAAGAAGAAAAGAAAAAGUACAUACAACUCAGACAUUUUUUGAUGUAUAAUGUUAUAUAAUAUCGAACGGGAAUUGAACUGUUUUUGUACGAGGCCGCCGGGUCAAUAACAGCCGCGGUCACAAAAUAAUAAUUCCACGAUAAAACACGAGGAUAAUUAUAUUUAAGUAGCUUACUUAUAAUUAAACGACGAUUACGAUUACAUAAAGGACAAAAGGUAAAAAAAAAUAAUAAUAAUAAUGAUAAAUAACACAAGUAAAUAAUUAGUGUGUGAAAGCUGUUUAUACCUUAGGACAACGCAUACGUUUACACCCGUGGUUACAUAUGAUUAAUAUUAUUAUUAUUACGGAUUAUUAUUAUUAUGAAUUAUUACGAGUACGAGUAUAAAUAAUAAUAAUAAUAAUAAAAUUAGUGAUGAAGAACGAGAAAAGGAAAAAAACACUUGGACAAGACCAUAAACGUUGCAAGCACAGUAGGUAGGCACACAUCCAAUACAGUAAGGUUUAUCGUAAGAGGAAUAUUAAUAAUAAUUAUAAUAUGACUGCUCGUUUUAUGCUCGGCGCUAUACAUUUCAUUGUCAUUAUUAUAUCACCAUUUAUUAACGAUAUACAUACGAACAAAUAAAAUGUGUUUAUAAAUAUAA